AGUGAAGGCAAACACGAACCUCCCGAGGGCAAAACAGUAUUCCCCUUCUCCCGUCUGCUUCCACCUCCCUCUCAUCCCACGUCACCUCGAGAUCUCGCUUGGCCGCCAUGGACGCGAUCGACUCGGUGGUGGAUCCCCUCCGUGACUUCGCCAAGGACAGCGUCCGCCUCGUCAAGCGCUGCCACAAGCCCGACCGCAAGGAGUUCACCAAGGUGGCGGCGCGGACGGCGAUCGGGUUCGUCGUCAUGGGCUUCGUCGGCUUCUUCGUCAAGCUCAUCUUCAUCCCCAUCAACAACAUCAUCGUCGGGUCCGGCUAGGCAUUGAGUCUUACAGAAUGACUAGCAUGGGAGUAGUGCAACACUUUUGAGGAGAGCAGAGGAUAACGAGGAUCUUGGUCAUUAGCUAAGUAUUGUUAAAGACAGUUUUCGUGUGUUUGUUGAGCAAUCGUCGUACUGUUAAGACUUAAGAAUGUCUGUAUACCUUAUUCUGCGUAGACCUUGAUGAAGUAGCGAGCUAUGAAAGAAAGUUUCGUACUAA